AUGGCAAAAUUGAAUAUUCUGAAAAAACAGCAAUUACCACAACCAAAGAUUCCUGAAAACUGGGUUGUUAAUCUUACAGGCACACAAAUCCCUCAUGAUGUCAAACAAUCCUUAGCUUUUGGUCCAAAACAUGGCCUUCCAUGUAAAAAGCAUGAUUUAUCAGUCGAUGAAAUCAUAGCAAGUAUUGAAACGGCAAUUCUGGGAAAAAACACAAUGGUUAAGGACAAAAUACGAUCCAAUGUCGCGUGUCUCAUUAAUAACAAAAUGGCAUCUAAAAACAACAAGAAAGAUGAUCUAGAAAUCAAAGAAUUUAAAAAAGCUAACGAAUAUCUAAAACAACACAAUGAUUUGAUCGUCACCAAAGCUGACAAGGGCAAUGUAACGGUUAUAAUGAAUCAAAAUGAUUAUACUGACAAAAGUAAUAAUGUAUUGUAUGAUAAGGACACGUAUCAAACUCUAAACAAAGAUCCUACAAAAAAAAUUGAAAAACAAAUCAAUGACACAAUCAAUCUAUGGCAACAAAAAAAGUUCAUUGACUCACAAACAGCUAAAAACUUGAAGAUACACAAUUCAUUACCACCUAAGAUAUAUUUCCAGCCAAAGAUUCACAAGACAGACGUACCUUUAAGACCGAUCGUAUCAAACAUAAAUGCUCCAACGUACAAACUAUCCAAAUUUUGUGGUUCAAUACUUUACAACAUUAUUCGCAACUCUCAAUAUCAUGUAAAAGACACCUGGUCUUUUGUCAAUAGCAUUAAGGGAAAAAUUGUGCCAACAGAUCACGUGCUUAUUUCAUUAGAUAUAAUAUCAUUGUUUACAAACGUCCCGACUAAACUGGUAAUGUCUAUAAUAACUAAAAAAUGGCCUGAGAUUAAGAAAUACACUAACAUUAACAAAAAGGAGUUUAUCGAAGCUACCAAAUUGAUCUUGGAUUCAUGCUACUUUAUACACAACAAUCAAUUCUUCAAACAAAUUUUUGGGGUAGCCAUGGGCUCACCCAUGAAUCCCGUGGUUGCUAAUUUAGUCUUAGAACAUCUGGAAAACAAAAUUAUAAACAACUUUCCUUUUAAAUUACCAUUUUACUACAGAUAUGUAGACGACAUAAUAACAGCUGUACGACAGGACCAGAUUACCACACUACUUAACAAAUUCAACAGUUUUCACCCAAAAAUUCAAUUCACAUAUGAAGAAGAAAAGAAUAAUAAGAUCAAUUUCCUAGACACGACGUUAAUAAACACGAACAAUGGAAUCAUACUCGAUUGGUUUCAUAAAGAUACAUGGUCAGUUUAUCGCAUGGAAUGUAAAGAUUGUCAUAAGAUAUACAUAGGACAAUCAUCACAAAAUUUAAAAAAUAGAAUUUCAGGCCACCGCUCAAAAAUUAAAAACCAUGAUUUUGACAGCUGCGCUUUAGCUUCACACAGUCUAGAUUCAGGACAUAAUUUUGAUUUUGAGAACACAACAGUAAUUGCGACUGAAAAUAACUGCAUCGAUUAUUUGUGA